CCGUAUCGCGAUGGCCCGAUAAAACGACGCGCAUAGGAAGUGUCGUCGGUAGUGGGGUCCAGGGGAUGUAUUACGCCACGUCGAUGCGUUCUCUUGCACCUUAAAAGCGUUAUUUGCCGAGCGCGAAGGGUCAGUGUUCCAUAUUAAUUCUCGCGAUUCGCUGCAAGACGGCGACGAAUUAUUACCUAAUACGUGACUCUCCGACGAUCGAAGCAUCUGCCGAGAAGUUCUUACGACGGGAGUUCUUCGUUUAUAAGCGAAUUCUAAUAGCACUAUAUCGACUGCAUUGCAGCCUCCCGAUCUACAAGAUGAUUCUAUUUCGUAAUUUCUACAAUCACCUGUCGAUCGCCGUGAUCAUCUGCCUGAACGCGAUUCUAAUGGUGACUGCAAUGUCUGAGAUCAAAUUAGUUAACGUAGUGUUCAGACACGGUGACCGAACUCCCGAUAACAACGGAUUCGAAAUGUAUCCGAACGAUCCAUACUUGAAUUACACCUUCUACCCGACAGGUCUCGGACAGCUGACUUUAGCCGGCAAAAGACGCGAGUACGACUUGGGUCAGAAGCUGCGUAACAGAUACAGCAAUUUUCUGGGCUCGCUAUAUAUGCCGAAACAUAUCGUAGCUUAUAGCUCGGACUACGACAGAACGAAGAUGUCCCUGCAGCUUGUUCUCGCCAGCUUGUUCCCGCCAGCGUUUGUUCAACGAUGGCACAAAUCGCUCAUAUGGCAACCAAUCCCGGCGUCGUACACGCCGCGCGUUGAUGACAAGCUCUUUCUGCCCGACGAAUGUCCGGAAUAUCUCGACGAGUACGAACGAGUGCUCAAAACACCCGAAGUGCAAGAAAUAAUGUAUCAGUUUGAGGACAUGAGGCAGAACUUGACGAAGCUAACCGGGAAGCGACUAGAGAGACCCAUGGACUUCUUCUUCCUCUAUCAUACUUUUGUAGCGGAGUCCUCCUUGGGAUUGCCUCUUCCCGAGUGGGUGUACGAUUACUUCCCCAAAGGCUCACUCUUCGACGCGAUUAUAGCGUCGUACAAUAUCUCCAAUAAAAACAGUAAACUUAGGAGAUAUUUCGCUGGUCCGAUGAUUCGUGCCAUGAUAGACAACAUGUUAGCAACGCAAAACGGUGCAUCGCGUACGAAGAUGUAUUUAUACAGCGGCCACGAGAGCAACAUCGCGGCUAUGCUGCAAGCAUUGCAAGUGUACAAGCCGCAUGUACCUGAAUAUUCCAGUGCACUCGUUAUGGAAUUGCAUCAGAUGGAUUCAAAUUAUUUUGUAAAGAUCUUGUAUUAUACGGGCAUCCCGCCAAUGUUCAGUGAAAUUACGUUGCCUGGCUGCGAAUUAUUGUGUCCUUUCGACAAGUUUCUGGACAUGACCACAAACAUCAUCCCGACUAACGAGGAGCUUAUCUGUAACAAGCGAAAAACUCCGGAUUACGCAAACGUGGAGUAUCCAGCCGCGAUGCAAGAUUUAUUAUAUAAUUUGAUGAAAUCGUCAGUAACAAAGAACAGAAUUCGACUGGGAUAAUAUACGCAACGUAUCGUCCUAAUCGAAACGCUGAGAGCCCAAAACGACAGUAUUUUCAACAUUGAACAUUGAAAUUCACGCACUCUGUAUAUCAUCAGGAUAUUAUUUUUUCUCUAUACGUUAGUCAUUUUCCAUAUUCGCUCGUUUAUCGCCACAUCGAACAUUCAUAUAUUUAGAAUUUUAGUACAUCAUCAUUCAAACAAAUCGAUGAAAAAUACACUCAUCGAAAAGUAUCGAUAGGAGUUUGCAUCGAGGCUACGAGUUCCUGAUACUUUCGGGAAAUCAGUUCUAAAAUUACGAAGUUUUUACAAUUCUUUUCUAUUUUAUAUUUAUUACCAAAGAAAUCAUAGAGUAAAGGAGUGUGAUGCAAAGUGUAUUGUCUGUUAAUUCACACAAGUGAAAACAGGUAAUAUAGAAGUAUUAAUUCUUUCGAAUUUUUAUUUCAUGUUUCGAAGAAUCAUCUACUUACAACGAAGUAUUGUAUAUUUAAAUAAAAAGCUAAGGCUCAACUGA